AUGGAUGAACAUGAUGAUGGUCAGGAAAACAACGAGCAUGAUGAUGGUGAGGAAAACAACUCGGAGAUCUCGAAUGAAGAUUACAUUAUUCAGCUCAUUUCCGAAUGUCAUAAUGCGUACGACUAUUACGGUGAAUCCGACGCGGAGACAGGCCCUGAUGUCGAAUCAUUAGCUGCACCUGAUUCUGGGGAGUCGCAAUCGUCGGUCAUCAUGAGUGAGAUAAUACAAAUGACUUCUACGUCUCACGAGGCUGCGUAUGAUUUCUACAACAGCUAUGCUAGAGAUAAUGGUUUCGGCAUUAGAAAGAAUAGGGUCAGACAAGGAAAACGUGACAGCAGGUUGCUAACCGAGGAAGGACACAGUCGUAGGCUCAGACCCGAGACACGCUGCCACUGCGAAGCGCACCUGACCGUGAAGCUUGACCAAAAGCGUGGGGUUUGGCGUGAAAUAUACAACCUUUGCGCCAGGGAGAAGAGGAAGCUGCUUUCAAAAGGUGAUGCUGCCACAGUCAUAGGCAUCAUGGUCAGUAGGAAACAGACGGAUCCUAGCUUCUUUUUCGAGUACAAGCUAGACAAGGAAGGACAUAUGAAUAGGAUGUUCUGGUGUGACUCCCAGUCUCGUCAUGGCUAUGAGGACUUCGGCGACGUGCUUGUAUUUGACAGCACGUACAAGAUGAACCGGUAUGGUAUGCCAUUCAUACCCUUUGUUGGUCUUAACAAUCACCGGAAGACCACUGUUUUUGCUUGUGCCAUAGUUUCGGACGAGACCGAAGAGACAUAUGUGUGGCUGCUGGAGACUUUUUUGAGGUCCAUGUGUCAAAAGAUGCCAAAGAGUGUUAUCACGGACGCCGACGCUGCGAUGAUCAAGGCAAUUCGCCAAGUCUUGCCAGACGUGUGGCACCGUAUAUGUACGUGGCAUAUAGAAAAAAAUAUGAAGAUUCACCUCAGUCACAAGUCCUUGAAGGAGUUCCGAACUCUUCUGUACUACAGCACGUCCACGGCCACGUUUGAGUAG